AGUCGUGCUCGGAUCACUGAAGUGAAAAGUUGAAACCUGAAAACUAACAUUGAUUGUGUGGAAUAUCAAAGUUAAUAGAAAUAAAAGCAUAGAAGUUAUUCUAUUGAGUUGCAUAUCUAUCAUUAAAGUUCACUUGAAAUAAAGAGAUUGUUAAAUCGAACAAAAUGAGACCUCCACAUUUUGGACAAGACAUAACAAAUACCACAUCACAGAAUAAUAAUUCGGGAGAUGGGAAUGGAGAUGGAGACAGCGAUAGAACACGACAAGAAUAUAUCAUCAGUCGUUUGACUCAGAAUGGUGCAACUCCAGUUGCUCACAUAGCUGGUAGAGGAAUUAUUCGGGUCGUUAGUAGAUGUGAAGAUGCCAAAGAAAAUAAUAAUUUAGGUAGUACUACGUUGUGAAAUUGAGAACGUGGUUUGAGUGUGAAUUGAUCGGAAUGGCUUAUCAAGUAACUGAAGUAGUUAAAAGAUGUCAGAAUGCUAAUGAAAGUCUUAUCUUAGAUUUAUCAGAAUGCUCACUCAUUCAAGUGCCUGACGCCGUAUACCAUUUGAUGAGACACACAGAACUUAAGAGUUGUGAUUUAUCUGGAAACGUGAUAACCAAGAUUUCUCCGAAGUUUGCUGUAAAAUUCAAUUUGAUAACAGAGCUGAAUUUAUCACAAAAUCAAAUGGCAAAACUUCCUGACGAGCUGUCAGAUUUAAACUACUUGGAGACUUUAGAUAUUUCGUGUAACUCUUUCUUAUCUCUUCCCACUGUUGUCUUCAAGUUAAAGAAUUUGAAGAAGCUCAUUGCACAUACAAACAAAAUAAUUGAGAUUGAUUUUGAUCUUCUCGAUGUCAAUAACAACUCUUUGGAAUCAGUUGAUCUCAGAUUUAAUCCACUUACAGGGAUCUGCUACGAUAUUUUGAAAGAAGCAAAGGUCAACUUCAAAAUCGAACUUUCUGAGAGAAUGAAAGAAGAUUGGGAAGAUCUUGAUAUUUAAUAGUUUACACAUUUUAUGAUUAUCACAUGUCCCUUUACUUUCAUUUAUCAUUAAGUGGGAGUGAUUUUUCAUUUAGUCAAAGUUUUCCCUUGGUUGUUUAGUUUCAAAAGAUAUUUUCGACUGUAGGAAAAUAUAUUUGUCAACUUUUAUUUUAAAACUUUUGUGUUAACAAAGUAAAAAAAAUAUGAACAAAACGUGCCUUUCAAUUGUCACAACUCUAUUAAUCAUAAUCAAAGUUUGAAAGUUUGUUGAGGAAGAUGUGAUACAUUUUUUCUUUUCUCAAUUGAAUAUUUAGUAUCUCAUCUAGUCAUGUGCUAACCAUAAGUUAAGAGAUUUUGAACCAAAAUUAAUAUCUAAACUCCUUGAAUGUAUGUACUUAGAAUUUAAGUCCUUUUUUAUAUCGUUCGUGCAAUGGUUUUGAUGUGAAAAAAUAAUAAUUCGAAACGAAAAACAAAAUGAAAACUAAUCAAAAAUAAAGUAAUGAUGAUUAAUUUCAUCUAGAAUCAAACAAAA